AUGAUAGACAAUCCACCUAGGCCGACCUCCGAAAGCGCUACCACCACCCGACUAGAAGAACAUCAUCUUUCACGGUUGUCGAGUGCCAGAACAAGAACGCUUGUUAUGCAGCGAAAACGACGAAUACUCGUGGCGUCUAGAACGUCAGACCCUCCUGAACCUGGUACUACAAGCUUGUCGUAUUCAAUAAUUUCGAUUGAGGAGGUCAGUUUAUCGACCACUCAACUUGAAGUUGUCAAUAGCUUCCACGAUAAACGGGACCAAGAACCUCAGGUCUAUCACCGUUACUGCGAAUGUCCUACCCUUGGCAAUACCUCGGAGCUGAACUCGGCAACCGCUCGUGGGAGGUACAUUAACACCCUUCAACAAAGACACUACCUUCGCAACGGUCUUGCUCGAAGGUCGCGUUAUGACUCCUCAUCGGAUGUCAGCGCCCAUGAACCCAUCCACUCAUCCUCAUCAACCUCGUCUCCGUUGCCUUUUCCUAUUACGAUUCCACCCCGGCCCAUGUCUCCUCGAGAACAAACAAGCUGUUUGCAUAACCAGUCGUACUCUCACUCCGCACUUGAUGACCGUCCUCUGUUUUCGUCCUUCUCCCUGCCACCAUUAUCGUCGCUCGGGGGUCAAACGUCGUUCCGUUCGCCGUUGGAUAAGAUACCCUCAUGA